AGCUUGGUUAAACCAACAUUGUCCAACUUAGGACCCUUUAGCAGCGCACCCCAACAUCGCAAUGUCUGCACACGUCGAGGUUGUCGCAACCGAUUUCAGGCGGGUCAAAGUCAAGGUCACACCGGGAACGUACCUGAUCGAUGUGUUGGGCGAGGCUUGCAAGAAGCUCAACCUACGGAGCGACCAGUACGAGCUCAAGUACGUAGAAACUGGAUCUGGGAGGCCUAGUACCUCGUAUCUAACCAACGGCAGGCACAAACAGAAGCUCGUCGACUUGAGCUGUCCCUAUCGAACAUCAGGACUUGGCCCUGGCGCCAAGCUCGAGCUUGUGCAAAAGUCAAAGAGCGCCUCGGUGGUGUCCAUCGCCCUAGACGUCAAUGGCCAGCGAUAUACCAAGAAGCUUCCAAGCAACAUGUCACUGUGGAAGGUGUUGCGGCAGUUUGAGGGCGCAGAAAAGGGUCUGAACAUCACAGGGAGGGGCGUGCCGGUGGGCACCAACAGUGGGCAGUUGUACCACGAAGCCCCUGUGGUAAACAUCAUGGGCAGAGAAUAUGCGGCGAUGGAAGAACUUCAGAAGACGCUGUCGCAAUGUGGCAUCAACUCUGGGAGCAUAGUGCUCAGAGUGACUUUUAAGCUUACCGAAAGGACCCUUUACGAUGCGAUGCAGGAAAUCUCACAGUACCUCGACGAUGUCGAGACGGGAGUAUCCAAACCCGAAGAGAAAUCAGAGGCCCAGGCCAUGCCGGUAACCGAUGAAACGAUGACGGACGCUGCUUCCGUAAAAGAUGCCCCGAAACCGGAAGCUUCUGCGCCGACAAGCAGCGAAGAGGCAGCCCCAAGCGUGCCAGCAGAAGCAAGCACAGCAGGUGAACCCAUGGACGUUGACGAAGCACCCGCAUCGACCUCCGCGACGACGAACCCUCUUCAACCAACGGGCGUUUUCAGCGCGCCCACGUCUUCGACCCCGAAAGCCGCCCACACCCAGGAGGAUGACUCGGUUUACGAGCCAACCAUUGCCCACGCACAACUCCGCCAACAGCAGCUCCAGCAGCGAGCCCAGAACACACGGCUCAAAUCGGACGCCGAGCUCGCCGCCGAAGCGGCCGAGGAAGCAGCCAAGCUGGCCAGGAUCACAAAGGUCGAAGUCAAAGUCCGCUUCCCCGACCAGACGUCGGCCGUGUGGACCAUCACCCCGGAAGAGACGGGCGCCUUCCUGUACCAAGCCAUCCGCAACAUCAUGAAUCACCCCGCCGCGCCGUUCAGGCUGAUUCUCCCCGGCCCGAAGCCGGUCAGCAUCCAGGAGACGGAUACCAAGCUGAUCGCGGGGUAUCGGCUCAAGGGGCGGCGCGAGAUGCUAAACCUGCUGUGGGAUGACUCCGUCCCCCCCGCGGUGCGGAAAGAGCCGUUCCUAAAGGGUAGCGUGGCGAGCAAGGCGAUGGAGGUGGUGGUGCCCGAGAUUCCGCAGGGGGUUGGGGAUGAGGGAGAGAAGGGCAGUACCGGGGCUGGUGCGGCGGGUCCUUCGAGUGCGCAGCAGCAGGCCAGGCGGGAUGGAGGCAAGGGCAGAGACAACCUGGACUCGGAGGCGGUUAAGAAGAAACUCAGCAAGUUCCUAGGGCUGGGAAAGAAGUGAGUUGGCAAUAAAACGAAUUGGUAGCGCGGGAGAGAGGCUUGGACAACAUGGGAGGAUGUAUGAUUUUUGGGGGGGGGGGGGCAACCUUUUCGUUCGAUAUAUUGGCAUAAUGUGGCGUUAGGAAUGAGGAAUGUCUGUUAGCGGGAGUGGGUUAUGUAGAAGCCGGUGAUCAAUAAGCCUCGCUGCCUUAUACUGUGACCAA